AUGGUAUCUGCGUCAAUUCGAACAUAUGAUAGUCCUCCGGAUCUUUUGAUCAAUCAAGAUUUCAUCGUUCAUGUACAGCCGAGAAUAGACACCGAAAAAUGGUCUCAAGUUGCGGCCUACGCCAUUGACGUGGCCAACGCGAACGUCACCUGCAAUGACUUCAAUCAUCACUCGAUCGCUGUGGCGUCCUUCGACUUCAAUGGAGCCGUUAGAGUCAAGGUCACAUAUACGCCAGGGUCAGUCGACUUGGCAGCAAUCCGACCAGCCUCGCGAGAUAUCAAGACUGAGUUGCGAGACAACGUAAUCACAUUCACUUUGGAUCAUGCCCAAGAUGUGAUGCUCGAACUGAAUGGCAACAAGUGGAAAGCCCUCCACUUGCUGACAAACACCAUUGAUCCAGACGCGCCGAGUGAAGAUACCAAAGAUGUCUGGUACUUUGGACCAGGCUUGAAUCAAGGAUCGGCAUACUCGAGGAUCACGGACGGGGUCAAUCUCAUGAUACCGUCAGGUAUUACCGUGUACAUCGCCGGUGGAGCUUUCAUUAAUUUCCGGCUGAACUUUGUUGGUAUCUCCAACAGUGGUGUGCGAGGACAUGGCUUCAUCCUCGGUCCAAAGGGUGGAUAUGUCCAUCGAGAACUCGGUGGUGCAAUACAUAUGAGCCAAGCGAGCAAUAUUCAUGUGGAAGGUGUCACAUCCUUGGGGGCCAACGGAUUCAGUCUCUCUGCCGGAGAAUGCACGAAUGUGCAUGUCAAUAGAUAUCGCUCGUUCUCAUCUUCUGGCAACGGAGAUGGAGUGGACUUUUUCUGUUCAUCCGAAAUCAUGAUCGAAAAUUGCUUUUUGCGCAACUCGGACGAUACCAUUGCCCUCUAUUCUCAUCGCUGGGACUGGUAUGGAGAUUCAAGUAAUAUCACCAUCCAAAAUUGCGUUUUGCUGCCAGAUAUAGCCCACGCUAUUAUGAUGGGUACACAUGGCAACUGCGCCAAUCCGGAGACAAUUAGCGAUGUCACGAUCCGGAACAUUGAUAUCUUGGACCAAGAGGAGAACCAGAUGUGGUAUCAAGGGUGUAUUGCUAUCAACGCUGCCGAUUCAAACUUGAUCCAAGAUAUCUAUGCAGAGGAUGUCCGGGUGGAAAGGAUCACCCGCGGCCAACUUCUCAAUAUCCGAGUGAUGCACAAUAAGAUGUGGUGCGCUGCUCCUGGACGGGCGAUUCGAAAUAUCACUUUCAAAAACUUUUCUUUGUGCACGUGUGACUCCAGAACCAUCAAUCCGUCGCUGAUUUUGGGUUAUAACGAGGCUCAACGGGUCGAGGAUGUUACUUUUGAAAACUUAAAGAUCGACGAUAAGGUGAUUUCUGAUCAAAUGGAGAAGCCCAGGUGGUAUAUGGUCUCAGAUUUUGUUCCUUUGUUUAUCAAUGAGCACGUCAAAAAUGUCAAGUUCAUCGCGUCAUAA